CUUACCGGUCCACUGACGGGCAGUAUGAGCGGGGAUGAGGACGUCAUGACGACUGCCAAGAACUUUGUCCGCACACGCAUCAUCAACCCAUUCAAAGCCCUUCGCGGACGAGUGAUGCUCGAACAAGCGAUCUUCUUCGGUCUCAUUGUGGCCAACGCGUUCAUUCUGUGGAAGACGCUGACGGUGGUCUCCGGCUCCGAGUCGCCCAUUGUUGUGGUGCUCUCGGGCUCGAUGCGCCCGGCCUUUGACCGUGGCGACCUCCUCUUUCUCACCAUGGGAUCUUCUCCGCUCCGGGUCGGCGAAAUCGUAGUCUACGCUCUCCCAGGCCGGGCCAUCCCCAUCGUCCAUCGCAUUGUAUCGCUACACGAGUCGCGAUCGUCCGGCAAGGUCGACCUGCUGACAAAGGGCGACAACAACGACGUCGACGACCUUGGCCUCUACCCUCGCGGCGUCUGGUGGCUCCAUCGAGAGAACAUCAUCGGCCGCGCAGGCGGCUUUGCCCGCGGCGCUGGCGUCAUGACCAUCGCCAUGAACGACAUGCCCCAGCUCAAGUGGGCCAUGAUCGGCGGCCUCUUCUUGUACGUCCUCCUCAAUCGCGACGGCUGAGCCCUCCCCCUUGCCUGGUGGCUCUCAACGUGUAAACGCCCUUCCUAC